AUGUCUUACAACAACCAGCCCCAAGCGUACUACGGGGGAGGAUAUUCUCAGCCACAGCAACAGGUUCAAGGAUACCCACCUCCAAAUUAUUAUCCUCAAUCACCACCAAACCAGAGUGCAAGACCACCUUCAGGGCUUCCACCCCUAGACUCCUACCAUAAUCCCCAAGCACCCGCCGGUCCACCCCCUCCAGGCUCCUACCAAAAUCAACAACAACCAUCUGGUCCUCCACAAUCUGCAUACCAAUACCAAGCUCCUCGUCCACCAAAUGGUCCUCCUCCGCCAACAUCCUACCACACACCUACCCCUCCCCACGGCCCCCCAUCCCCGCAGGGCUACCAAGAAGCUCCUCCGUCCUUCGAUGCACCACACCAGCCUGUAACUCAGAGCCAACCCUAUCAAUCCGCUCCUUACUCCGGCGCUCCGCCAGAACAUGACGCUUACCGUGGCCAACAACAAUACCAACAGCAUGCCUCACAUGUACAGAACGGUUACCAAGCCCCUCCUCCAUUGAAUCAUUAUCAGACAUAUCCUCAAUAUCCCCAGCAUAGCCAACAAACAGCUCCAAUCUCACAACAACAUGCUCCUCCAGCGAAAGAGGAGAAGAAGCGGGGAGCUGUCAGUUCGUUCAUGCAUAGCAAGAAAGGUAAAGUCAUGAUGGGACUUGGUGGGACAUUGUUUGCUGGAGUCAUUGGAGCUGAGGUACUCAGCGAUAUGAAUGGUGGGGACAGUGAUAGUGGUGGUGGCGGAUGGUUCGGAGGAGAUUCGGGGGGAGGUGGCUCGGGAGGAAACUCGCCGUCGGGGAACGGAGGUGGGUAUGGAGGGAAUGACGAUUCGUAUGGUGGAGGAGGAGAUAGUGGUAAUGGGUUUGGUGGAGGGGGGAAUUCGCCAUCUGGAAGUGGAGGCGGAUAUGGAGGAAAUGACGAUUCAUAUGGUGGUGGAGGAUAUGGAGGAGGAGAUAGUGGUGGUAGUUACGCUGAUGCGCAGGCAGCGCUGGAUGCUCAGGCAGAGGAAAAUGUUGCUCUUCAAGCUGGGUUUGAUGAUAUGGAUAGUGCUAUCUUUUGA